UUUUUUGUCCAACAGGCUGUCCGACUGUCUGAUUACACGAUUGUCCGACGCGAACUAGCUGAAUGGCUAGCAGGAAAAUGUAUGCCGAAUUUCAGUCGGUAUUUAGCAUGGAAAGAUAACGCUCGUGUUCUGCCUAUAAUCCAUAAAAGUAAAAAGUCGAACGUAUGGAAUUCAGGAAAGUGCCAGCUAAACACUUUCACAUCUCACAAUGAAGAGCUUCAGUGCUAAAGAAAAAGAACCCCUACGCAUAUCGAUUGGUAAUGGCGAUCUGCGAAAGAACCCGCCGCUCAACCGGGUCACAACGACCAAGUACACCUGGCUGACCUUUAUCCCACUGAACUUUUACGAGCAGUUUCGACGGGCCGUAUACUUUUACUUCCUGCUGAUCACGAUUGUAUCAUUUUUCGUUAAUGAUACUAUAUCUCCCUUAACAUCACUGCUGCCCCUGCUCUUCGUCAUGAUUGUGACCGCACUGAAGGAGGGUCUGGAGGAUUAUUCCCGGUCGAAAAAUGAUAAAAUUGUGAACACAACUAAAGUUUCCGUUAUGCGCAAUGGCAAGGAACAUCGAAUCGAUUCGGAAUUCAUAGUGCCGGGAGAUCUUGUGGUAGCAACUAGUGCCAGCUAUGUGCCAUGCGACAUGAUAUUACUUCACUCGUCGGGAUCAGAGAACAUGUGCUUUGUGAACACGGCCAACUUGGACGGCGAGACCAAUCUGAAACCGAUAUUCGGACCACCCAACUACACUUACGAUCUGGCCGAGCACAGUAGGCGCUUCGGUUGCAUCGUUUGCGAACCAUCGACGCCCGACCUCUACAGCUUCAAUGGACGCCUCGAAGUGGAAGUCACAGCCGAGGCAGAGGUCAGCCCGGAGCCAAUACCACUGGGAAUCGAGAACCUGUUAUUGCGUGGUGUGCGCAUCAGGGGCCAGGAGCGAGUGGUGGGCUGUGCCAUUUACACGGGCAUGACCACAAAACUCCAGCUAAACAGCCGGUAUACGGGCAACAAAUCGGCGUCCAGCGAAAAAUACAUAAACAAAUUCAUCAUUGCGCUCAUUGUGGGAAUGGUAGUUGUUGUCUUUAUACUCUACCUGAUCGAACGGCAAAAGGCGGCCAACGUUUAUCCGGCUAUACACUACUUGGGACCGCCCCCAGACUACAAUGCGAUUUUACAAAUCUUUGAGGACUUUUUAUCAUUUCUGAUUUUGUUUAACUACAUGGUGCCGAUUUCAAUGUAUAUGAAUAUUGAAUUGUAUCGUGUUUUUGGUGCUCUAUUUAUGAGAUCCGAUCUGAGUUUGUACGAUGAAGAGACCGAUGAACCCUGUGGAGUAAAUGCAUCGAACUUGAAUGAAGACUUAGGCCAAAUCAACAUUCUGUUUUCGGACAAAACUGGAACACUAACCAAAAAUCAAAUGAUCUUCCUUAAAUGCUACGUUGGGGGACGCAACUACCAUUUACAAAACACCCAAUUGUACAGCCCCGAUACAGAUGAAAGCCACGAGCUGGGCACAAUGGAUGCCGAGGUGAUGAACUUUUUUGAGGCCUUGUCCUUGUGCCAUACAGUGGAGGUUAUGGCAAGCUGUGAUGAAAAAUCCGCCGAAGCUCAAUCGGAGUACGAUAAUCUGAUAGCGACUGACAUUUGUGACAGAUACCAGGCAUCCAGUCCAGAUGAAAAGGCCAUACUUGAGGGCUGCGCCAAAUUGGGUCUCAUUUUUAAAGGUACUGACAAUAAUAGGAUGCACCUCAGCCGUAUCUUUGGAGGCCGAAUUGCUGGCGACUUACAAUACGAACGCCUGCAUGUACUCGAGUUUAGCUCGGAGAGAAAACGCAUGAGCGUUAUCGUUCGGGAUGAGAGCGGUCAGAUCUGGCUUUAUAGCAAGGGCGCUGAAGCUGCUAUUCUGCCACGCUGCAAGCAAACAUCUCCGACUGCUGAGACGGAUGUGCAAAUAACGGAAUAUGCCAAGGAGGGUCUACGUACCCUUGCUGUUGCAAGCCGAACCCUAACUGAAGAGGAAUAUGCCACAUUUCUCGCAUCAUGCAAAAAUGCCAAUAUUCAACUCAGCGAUCGAAAGGAGCUCAUCGAAGAGUGUUACGAGAGCAUUGAAGUUGAGCUUGACCUGCUGGGUGCUACGGCUUUGGAGGACGCACUCCAGGACGAUGUGGACAAAACGCUUAUUGCAUUACAGGAAGCUGGCCUAAAGAUAUGGAUACUAACGGGCGACAAGGUGGAAACUGCAUUAUCCAUUGGCAUGGCCUGCAAGCACAUACCGCAAGUAGCUGAGGUACAUUUUCUUAUCAACAUUACCGAACCGGAAGAGCUUCGAAAGCGCUUGAAUCAGCUCGAACUGGGCAUCGCAUCAAAUACAUCGACUCCCACUUGCCUGGUAAUCGAUGGUAUUACUGUGUCCGCGCUUUUAAGCCAUCUGCCCGACCAAUUUGCUGAAGUGGCACUCAAAUGCAAGGCUGUGCUCUGCUGUCGCCUGAGUCCACUUCAAAAGAGCGAAAUAGUUAUGCUUAUCAAGAAGUCGGGCAAACAUAUCACAGCAGCCAUCGGUGAUGGUGCCAAUGAUGUGUCCAUGAUCCAGGAGGCGCACAUUGGCAUUGGCAUUUCCGGUGUGGAGGGCAAACAGGCAGCCCGUAGCGCUGAUUAUUCCAUUGCCAAAUUUAAUAUGCUGCAACGCCUGUUGCUGGUCCAUGGCCAUUAUAAUACCGAGCGACUGGCAUUUAUGGUGCUCUUCUAUUGCUAUAAAAACAUUAUUAUCACUGGAUGCAUGGCGCUCUUUCAAGUAUAUGACUUAUAUUCGGCUACAUCCGUCUAUAACGAGCUGUACCUAUGGCUGUUCGAUAUUAUUUACAUAUCUUUCAGUUUCACGUAUCUGGCCAUGUCCGACAAGCAUUAUAGUGAGAACACCUUGUUAAGAUUCCCAACCCUAUACAAAGCAAUUUCGCACAAUAAGCUAAGCUCAUGGAAAACAUUUACGAUAUGGAUUUUAAAUGGUAUCGUUCAGACUUUCAUUAUAUUUUAUUUUGCGUACGCCGUGCUCAAUGAAAAUAAUGUCGUCUUCAAUGAGGGACAAACUGCAGAUUUUUCAACAUUUGGAACUAUGCUCAUAAUGGUACUCGUGAUUGUGGGAAACCUGAAGGUACUCUUAGUUUCACACUACAUGAGUUAUCUCAACUUUGCCUUUAUUAUUGCAUCAAUAUUUGCAUUUAUGUUAAGCACUUACCUUUACAAUUUGGACAGUAGCAGUACUCUCUAUCACGUCUACAAUAUGUUCUUGAGCUCGCUUCCCAUGUGGCUCUAUAUUAUUAUAUGUACAGUGGCAUGUUUGCUUCCCGACUUUGUAAUGAAAGCUGUUAACGAUAUGUUUUUAGACCCACCAGAGCCGAAAGAAAUCAUUAAUCCUAGAUCGUAACUGUCUGAAAAGAAAACUCCCCUGAUAUUUUUAUUAUUCUUCAUAUAUUAUUGCACAAUAAAUAUAUUAUUUUAGUCUUUAAUAAAACAAAUCGUUUAUGCUAA